AUGUACAAACAACAACAACAACAACAACAACAACAACAGAGAGAUGAACAAAUGCCACCACCUUUGGCAAAUGUUAAUGUGUUGCGUAGGACACAGGUGGAUUCAAAUUCAAACCCUCCACCAUUGGGCAAUCCUGGUUUGGUGCGAAGAACAACACAGCAACAGAUGAGGCCAGACGACUCUGCCUCACCACCUGCUCUGGCACCACUAUCUCGUAGUGUUGGCGGUGGCGCAACAACACUAAACACGUCAUCUCAAGCAUUGCCUCGACCAUCAUCACAUCUCUCCAGUGGCCCCGACAAUGACGUCGGUCAAGCCUCGCCCAACCUCAACUCGGCAAACAACAACAACACAUCGAAAUCGACAUCUCCCGUCAACAACUCACCGGGAUCACCAGGUAGCUCGCGAAAGAACUCCCCGCCACCCUUGCGCCCCGUGUCGAACAACAACAACGCGAGGGGCAGCAUGACAAACAGCAGCGGAUCAAAGAAGCCGGCGCUCCCGCCAGGCCGUCCCGGCAGCGUCUACAAUGACCUGCAGGUGCACGACAAUGGCACGAUGACGCUGCCCAAGCUACGUCCGGUCGGCCUCCAAAAGCCGGCCUCCAUGACAGCGACCACCACCAACAAUGCCAAGCAAUUCCUUCAGAACGUCAUCCAGGAGAAGGACGACAACAGCAGCGACGACGAGGAUGACAGCGGCUCACCCACCAACUCUGUCACAUCGAGCAUCAAUCCAAGCAUGGUUGCCAGUGCCGGUGCUUCAUCAUCGACGUCGUCCUCCAGCCAGACUGUUGCCGCCGCCAACAAGCCACGUGACCCAGCAGCAGACAUGCUUCAACGAACAUAUAUAGCGCAAGAGAUACUCUCCACCGAGAAGAAGUACAUCAACAACCUCAACAGGAUUAUAACGAUAUUCAUGUUGCCACUAAGAGACAAGUCAACGACAAAGGAGAAGAUAUUGAGCGUCGAUGACAUUAAUAAGAUAUUUAUGAAUAUUGAGACGAUCUUUAGUUUACACAAGGCGUUCAUAACGGACUUUGAGAAGAGGAUUGAGAGCUGGUCCGACACGCAAAAGAUUGGCGACAUAUUCCUCAAGCUGGCGCCUUACCUGAGGUCGUACACGCUCUACUCGAACCAGUACAACGAGUCGAUCCUGCAGCUUAGCAGCCUCCAAAAGGCCAACCCGGCCUUCCAAUCAUUCCUGGCCAAGUGUCUGCUCAAGCCGGCGUCCAAAGGCCUCAACCUCUCCAGCUACCUGAUCAUGCCCAUCCAGAGGAUACCGCGAUACAAGCUGCUGCUCGACACGCUGUUGGCCAAGUCGCCCGAGUCACACGUCGACUACGCCGACCUCAAGGAGGCGCUGGACAAGGUUGGCUCGAUCGCGCAGCUGCUUGACGAGCGUCUUCUGCAGUUCCAGGUGCAGCACAAGGUGUUGGACAUCCAGAACAACCUUCUGGGCUUUGAGCAGGACAUUGUCAAGCCGUCCCGCGUCUUUUGCAAGGAGGGCGACCUCAAAAAGAUCUCUGACCGCGUCGUCAACACCCGUCACUUCUUCCUCUUCAACGACCUCCUCCUCUACGCAAUCAAAGAGAAGAAGAACCAGUAUCGAUACAAACAUUCACUGCCUCUGGAGAAGUGUUGGGUUAAAGACUUGCCAGACACUGAGAGAUUUAACUAUUUAUUCCAAAUCAUAUCACCGGCAAAGACAUACUUCUUGUGCGCGCCAACGGAGGAGGAGAAACAAUCAUGGAUGAAGAUGCUGAAUGAGGUCAUUAAUAAGAUGGUCGGUCAUUUGGAGGAGUCACAGCGAUCGAGUGUAUAUGAGCGACGAGGCUCAAUGACACCAUCACAGAUUCUGGCAUCACUGGAAGGCGGAUCACCCAAGCCCAAAGACAAAGACAAAGAAGAGACCGAUGGAUCGAGCGACAACCGAAACAAACCAAUGUGGCUCAAAGAUCAAAUCGUCAAAGCCUGCAUGCACUGCUCCUCAAGCUUCACCGUCACAAGGAGAAGACAUCAUUGUAGGAAAUGUGGAAAGAUAUUCUGUAAUGAUUGUUGUCCUGUCACUGAUCUGUCACAGUAUUUGCCAGGCAAGAAGGCGAGGAUAUGCAAGAAGUGCUUCGAAGAGAUAUCGGUGCAGUUGACAGAGAUGAUGAACAUUGAUGGAGAUAUUGCUGUGUCAAGUGGCAGUCCAGCCAUCAGCAGCAAUCUACCAACAUCACUCAACUCCUCAUUCAACUCACAAUGCUCCAUGGAUGAUGAUCAAUGA